AUCAUUUAAGAGCAGGCAACUUGCAGCGUACACAGAAAGAGCAGUGAACAUUAGAAUUAAUUUAUCCAAACACUGGUUUGAGAUGUCAGCCCCUACAUCAUCUAAAAGUUUUACCUCAACUCCUUUGAAAAGCAAAUCCAUUAUUCCAAGAAGCAUCCCCAGAUCCAGGAGUUUGGAUUCAACAGGCAACUCUAUCUACUCCAUUCUGUCCCCAAUUUAUCAUGAUAGCUUUAAUCUAUCAGAUGAAGAUAAUGAGGAAGCACAGAAACAGCAUCAGCCAGCUAAUUACUCUUCUGCAGCACACGAAGAUGUACUUUCAGUCAGUCCCAGCAGGAAUGAGUCACCUCAUAUACAAGAUGCCUCCACAGCAAAGUUAAAUCUGAGUGCAUGGGAGCAGUGGCUUGUGAGGAAAGCCAAAGAAGACCGGCUCAAAAUUCAUCAAAAAGUCUUGGAGCAACAAUCUGUGACAGAAAAAAAGAAGCAGGAAGAUGUGGAACAACAAAGGAAAAAGGCAGCCAGUGAGUGCAAAAUUCAAGAAUGGCUCCAAAUGAAAAAGGAACAGGAUAAGCUUUGCAGAGAGUCCAGGAAAAGUAAAGAACUGCUACAUGACGAAAAGAAACGACUGGAGAUAGAGAAAAAGACUCAAGAGAAAUAUAAAGAGUGGUUUCAAAAGAAAAAGCAUGAGGAAAAGGAGCGAAAACUGAAAGAGCAGGAAGAGACAGCCAGGAGAGAUCAGGAAGAAAGAGAACAGAAAGAGAAAGCAGAGGACUCAUUUAAACAGUGGCUUAAAAGCAUAAAGAACAAAGAUAAACAUAAACGACAGUCAUCAGCUUGUUUAACCCGUGGCUAUGACAAUUUGAAUUACCCAGCUCCCAGUUUUGUGAAUCCUGUUCCAUGGAAACCCAUACACAUUCCCCAGGAAAUUAAAACACCCAGGAAGAACUCGAAACAAAGGAAACAUUCUGGUGAACCAAAGCACCAGUUGACUUUUUUUCUUAAUUUCAAACCGAAAGACACAAUCAGCUUUGCACACAAGAGACUGACAAUAUCUGAUUAGUAUGCGGUAGAGAUCUAAUUUAGAUGUGCCAGCCACUUUUGCACAAUACUGGAUUGAUUUAUCCCACAUCCUGCUGCCACCAUAAAUUUUUGUUCUGCCCCUUUCCACAGUCUUGCACAAACACAUCUGAUCCAUGUCCCAAUUUUGAAUUUGACUGUAGCUAUUUUUACUGGUUGUUGUAUUCACUUUUCAGUAUGUUUGUCUCCCACUGAUCUACAAGUCUCACUUGAUGAUGACAUGAUUUACUUCCCUCCAUCAUGACAAAUCUGCAACAUCUGUGGUAAACAAAAGAUGAAAUACAUACACUUGCUCUUACCGAAAGCCAACAAGUAGCAAUAAAAAUGUACUAAAACAA